ACUAGUGGCAGGAAAGGUCUGAAAAGAGAAGGUAAUCGGGCAAAAAUUCCCGGCGGCCUUGUGACUCGAAUACGUUUGACUCUCACGGGCCACUAUUGAGCCCUCACUGCACGUCACUGUCGGUGCGGUCGCGGGGCAUAGUGGGUAAGAGGGAGAUUCGUUCUCACUGCUCCAAAAGAUGGCGGACGCUUUCGGGGACGAACUUUUCAGCGUGUUCGAGGACGACUCGACCACUGCAGCCGGAACCAAAAAAGACAAGGAGAAGGGGAAAUGGAAAGGGCCCCCAGGGUCUUCAGAAAAGGCCGGGAAAUGUGUUGAUGUUAAAUUACAAUCAGAGUCAACUAAUAGUGGAAAAAAGAGAGAUGCAGAUUUCGAAAGCACAGAUGAACCCAUUUACGGAAAGAAGAUCAGAAUAGAAGAGUCAAUAACUGAAGACUUAAGUUUGGCAGACCUGAUGCCCAGAGUUAAGGUACAAGCAGUUGAAACUGUUGAAGGAUGUACCCAUGAGGUUGCACUUCCUGCAGAUGAAGAUUAUUUACCACUUAAACCUCGAGUUGGAAAAGCUGCAAAGGAAUACCCAUUCAUUCUUGAUGCUUUUCAAAGGGAAGCCAUUCAGUGUGUUGAUAAUAAUCAGUCUGUUUUAGUAUCUGCACAUACAUCAGCAGGAAAAACUGUAUGCGCUGAGUAUGCUAUUGCAUUGGCCUUAAGGGAGAAACAGCGUGUAAUAUUUACCAGCCCAAUUAAGGCUCUGAGUAACCAGAAAUACCGUGAAAUGUAUGAAGAAUUUCAAGAUGUUGGUCUGAUGACUGGAGAUGUUACUAUUAAUCCUACGGCAUCUUGUCUUGUUAUGACCACAGAGAUUUUGAGAAGUAUGCUGUACAGAGGUUCUGAAGUUAUGCGAGAAGUUGCUUGGGUCAUAUUUGAUGAAAUUCAUUACAUGAGAGAUUCAGAGCGUGGUGUGGUAUGGGAAGAAACUAUUAUUUUGCUUCCUGAUAAUGUCCACUAUGUCUUUCUUUCGGCUACUAUUCCAAAUGCUCGACAGUUUGCUGAAUGGAUUUGCCACUUACACAAGCAGCCUUGCCAUGUAAUUUACACAGAUUAUCGGCCUACUCCAUUGCAACAUUACAUUUUUCCAGCAGGAGGAGAUGGCCUCCACCUUGUAGUAGAUGAAAAUGGUGACUUCAGGGAAGAUAAUUUUAAUACUGCAAUGCAAGUGCUUCGAGAUGCAGGUGAUUUGGCAAAAGGAGACCAGAAGGGGCGGAAAGGUGGAACAAAAGGACCAUCAAAUGUGUUCAAGAUUGUGAAGAUGAUUAUGGAAAGAAAUUUUCAACCUGUAAUUAUUUUCAGUUUUAGUAAGAAAGAUUGUGAAGCUUAUGCACUUCAGAUGACCAAAUUAGAUUUUAACACAGAUGAAGAGAAGAAGAUGGUUGAAGAAGUAUUCAGUAAUGCAAUUGACUGCUUGUCUGAUGAAGAUAAAAAGCUCCCUCAGGUUGAACAUGUACUUCCUCUUUUGAAGCGGGGCAUUGGAAUUCACCAUGGAGGUUUACUUCCUAUUUUAAAAGAAACCAUUGAAAUUCUCUUUUCUGAAGGAUUGAUAAAGGCCUUGUUCGCCACAGAGACUUUUGCUAUGGGAAUUAACAUGCCAGCUAGAACUGUUUUAUUUACAAAUGCCCGCAAAUUUGAUGGGAAAGAUUUCCGAUGGAUAUCCUCUGGUGAAUACAUUCAAAUGUCUGGUCGUGCGGGAAGGAGGGGAAUGGAUGACAGGGGAAUUGUAAUUCUUAUGGUGGAUGAAAAGAUGAGCCCAACGAUUGGAAAACAACUACUUAAGGUAACUAAGCUAAGAUUCUGUCCCUUUACAAAGAAUUUUAGAAACACACUUCAGGAGCCACUUCAAAACCAGUUUCUUAGGGAAGAGAGGAUGUAUCUUGGGUGUGAUUUGUGUAAGGUAUAUAAUUUUUUGAGAUUGUACAUCUAUUUAUUUACAGAGGUAAAGAAGUCAGAAGAACAGUAUAAUAAAAUAGUAAUUCCCAAUGAAGAAAGUGUAGUCAUCUAUUAUAAGAUUAGACAACAGCUCGCCAAAUUGGGUAAAGAAAUUGAAGAAUAUAUUCACAAACCAAAAUACUGUUUACCAUUUCUACAACCAGGUCGUUUGGUAAAGGUGAAGAAUGAAGGAGAUGACUUUGGCUGGGGAGUUGUGGUGAACUUCUCAAAAAAGUCAAAUGUUAAGCCUAAUUCUGGUGAACUGGAUCCUUUAUAUGUAGUAGAAGUACUUCUGCGCUGUAGCAAAGAGAGCUUGAAGAAUUCAGCUACUGAGGCUGCAAAACCAGCUAAACCUGAUGAGAAAGGAGAGAUGCAGGUUGUUCCAGUUUUGGUGCAUCUCCUGACUGCUAUCAGCAGUGUUAGGCUUUACAUUCCUAAAGACCUUCGACCAGUGGACAAUAGGCAGAGUGUUUUAAAAUCAAUACAGAUUGAAACAGAUAUUAAAUCCGCAAAGCGAGAACUGAAGAAAGCAAGAACUGUCCUACAAAUGGAUGAACUCAAAUGCCGCAAACGAGUUUUAAGAAGGCUGGGAUUUGCUACUUCUUCUGAUGUCAUAGAGAUGAAAGGAAGAGUGGCUUGUGAGAUAAGCAGUGCUGAUGAGCUGCUUCUAACCGAGAUGAUGUUUAAUGGCCUUUUCAAUGAUCUAUCUGCAGAACAGGCAACAGCGUUACUAAGCUGCUUUGUGUUUCAAGAGAAUUCUAGUGAGAUGCCCAAAUUAACAGAGCAGUUAGCAGGACCACUUCGUCAAAUGCAGGAAUGUGCUAAAAGAAUUGCAAAAGUUUCAGCAGAGGCCAAAUUAGAAAUCGAUGAAGAAACUUAUCUAAGCUCAUUCAAACCUCACCUAAUGGAUGUAGUAUAUACCUGGGCUACUGGAGCUACAUUUGCCCAUAUCUGCAAAAUGACAGAUGUCUUUGAAGGCAGCAUAAUCCGUUGUAUGAGGCGCCUGGAAGAAUUGCUUCGUCAGAUGUGUCAAGCAGCAAAAGCCAUUGGAAACACUGAGCUGGAGAAUAAAUUUGCAGAAGGAAUCACCAAAAUCAAGAGAGAUAUUGUGUUUGCUGCAAGCCUCUACUUAUAGAGUCAGCUAAAGGAAUGUGGCAAUUUCAAGUUGUUCACCACCUGUCUGGUUACAGUUGACUACAAAUGCUUACAAG